AUAAUUUAGUUGCUAUUAAUUGAGAGCCGCCAUGAUAUGUAUAUGUCUGCCUUUUGUAUCACCAAUGCAGUAACGUAAUAGAAGCAUCUGGACUAUCGGUAGCAAUUCCAUAAAGACGGAUGCACAUUUUUGAAAUAUUUUGAUUUAUUCGUACUUUUUAAUCAUUUAUGCGUAUUGCCGAAUCUGUAUUAGUGAGAUUUUUUAAUGCAUUUAUGAAUACGUAAUAAUAUAGUUCGGUUCGCUUGCCUUCAAGAACACGUAACUGGUUGUUUCUUCAGAAACAUGGCUGAAUAUCAUUUCGAUGGUGUGGUGAAAUUGUGUGUACAGAAUUAUUAAAACGACAUUUUGGUCUUAAAUACGUUCACGUAUUAUAAUAAAAUGACAUCGAUACACUUUGUCGUACAUCCGUUACCUGGAACAGAUGAUCAGUUAAAUGAUAGAUUGAAGGAAGUGGCAGAAAAAAUCAACAGAUAUGGAUUUGUAACACUACCAGCAUUUAGUGGAUUGAAGGUUCCAGUAAAACAUAUUGUGGUUGGUCCAACACAUAUUGCCCUUCUUACAGAAGAUCAUAAAAUUUGCAGAAUUGCAUUUACAGUAUUGUCAGAUAGAUUGGAUUUGAGCAAAAAUGAGCCAAAUAGAAACACAAAUAAAAACCAUGUUGAUAACUCUAAUUCAGCACCAAAUGGCGGUACUGGAAGUAGUGGAAGUGGAAAUAGAGCAGGAAUGUCUAGAUCACGUGCCAGAAUUAUGCGUGGUAGUUCUGCAAUUCGUGGAGGUAGUAGUAGUGGAGGAAAUAGCAGUGGAGGCAGAAUAGGUCCUCCAGGUGUAAUUAUGGGCGGAGGAAGUGGUAGCAGUUCGCGUCCUAUUGCAUCUGUACCUGCUCCAUUUGUACCGGAAGAUCUUAUUACUCAGGCUCAAGUGGUACUGCAAGGAAAAAGUCGUAAUCUUAUUAUUAGAGAAUUACAGCGUACAAAUUUAGAUGUAAAUUUAGCAGUAAAUAAUUUACUGUCACGGGAUGAUGAAGAAGGUGACGAUGCCGAAGAUGCAGCAGAUACUUAUGUUCCAGAAGAUCUAAUUUCGUUAUUAGAUGGUGGAUUUAGCAAUGAACAUUCUGUAAUAAUUGAUGCAGAUUCUAUGUUUCCUGAAGAUAUGUUUGGAUAUACAGGAAUGAGAAAUCGGGGUAGUUCUUCCCGUAGAAUAGGUAAUGAUAGAGAAGGUGAACGUACUUCUGAACGAGAUCGAGAUCGAGAUAAUUUUAGUAAAUGGAGAGAUCGUCAAUAUUGUGGUCCAAGACGUUGGCUGGAAUCAGCACUUAAGGAUUCUUGGGAUAAAGAUUCUGAUAAUAAAAAGAAAGAACUGGCUUCUCAGAGUCCAUUAUGGAUAUCAGAAGAAUUAGAAUGGUGGCAUGAACGCAGUAGCGAUCUUGCUCCUCGUUUUAUACAAAUUGCUUCACUUUAUAGUGAAUUAAUUGCUGUUUCUGCUGGAGGACAAUUGUAUCAGUGGAAAUGGUCAGAAUCUGAACCAUAUAAACAUCCAGAGAAUCCAAAUAUACAUCAUCCAAAAGCUCCAUGGUUAGCGGUAACAACUGAAAAAAUAGUUAAUAUAUCUGCAACAGCUAUUCGAUGUUCCAUUAGUACUGAAUCUGGCAAAGUAGCUACUUGGCUUGAUGAACUUGUAGGGCAUGUCGCUUCUCGUCUUGAACAUCCUGCUCAAACUUUCACAGAAUUUACAUUGGAUAAAAUUGUAUCUCUUCAUACAUGUGCUCUAUAUACUGUUGCUAAACUCGAAAGUGGUGCAUUAUAUUGGUGGGGUGUAUUACCUUUUGCACAACGUAAAAAAUUAUGGGAAAAAUAUAAGGCUAAAUCACGAAAACAUAGAUCAUCCACAGUAUCAUCAAACGAUAUUAGUUAUGGUGCACAUGUUUGUAUGAAAAAUAGUCCUAUAUAUCAUCCUGGAGCAAUAGGAUUUACCAUUGCUAAUGGAAUUCCAAAAGUAGGACAAUUAUUAGGAGCAGCUUGGAAUUUGGAUAGCACUUACAGAUUUAAAAUAUUACCGGCUGGAACUCAUUUAUCUAGUGUUAAUACAGAAAAACGGGAAACAAAUGGAAACAAUGGUAAUAUUAAUAAGACAAAUCAUAAAGAAACUGCUGAUCGACUUGACAUGCCUCCACCACCUUCACCAGCUUCAAGUACAUGUAGUGAUACUGGUAGUAUCACAACAAGUCAUAAAAGACAAAAACGCGUUGCACCUCGAAAUGAAGGAGAAUCAGAACGAAAAGAUGAAGAAGAAUGGCAGUUAAAAGAUGUUGUUUUUGUAGAAGAUGUAAAAACAGUUCCUAUUGGCAAAGUUAUAAAAGUGGAUGGUUGUUAUGUUGCUGUAAAAUUCUUUUCAAAAGAUUCAAAAGAAAAAGAAAUUAAAGAAAAAGAUUUCAGUACAUCAGAUUUUAAAGAUUUAACAACUGAAGAAUUAAUUAAAUUGUUAGCUGAUUGUAGAUUGUUAAGGAAAGAUGAAAUACAGGUAAUAAAAUCAUCUAUGAAUCCAAGAGCUCCAGAUUGUUUUCAACGAACUCCUAGAAGGGUGAAUAUCGUUGAAGGAUCACAUGAUAGUAUUUUAAGCAUUGCUACUGAUGGGCAAGGAAUUCAUGCAAUAGUGAAAAGUGGAAACAAAUUAAGUUAUGUUGUAUAUAAUUUAAGUACAGGGAGAUAUGUACAAGAUUGUUAUAUUCCAUCGGAUGUAUCGUCAUUCUUGGGUUUACAACCACAAAAUAUUAGCUUGACAAGCUCAGGAGAAAACAUCGAGUGUUCUAUGAUACUUAGAGAUGGAAAUAAUACAAUCUAUCCAUUAGCAAAAGAUUGCGCUGAUGCUAUCCGUGAUCCAAAUUGGUUGGAUUUAGUUCCAGUUCAAUGUAUUGGUGCUUCGACUAUUCCUAUACCAACUUGUUCCAAUUCAACUAAUAUGAAAAAUCAAGUUGCAGUUAUUGCAUUAGCGUUUGAUAAUCUCCUGUUAAUGCCACGUAUAUUAAGGUGCGACUAUGAAAGUAUUAAACAGGUUUUUUGCAAUUUAGAACAAGAUCACAAAAAUAAUACAACACAAAUUCAAUCAAUAUUAAUGGAACGUUGUGAUGGUAAUCGUAAUAUUUUACAUGCUUGCAUUAGUAUGUGUUCACCAACUUCAAACAAAGAAAAUGAUCAAGGUAUAGAACGUGAAUUAGUUUCAAACACUGUUGAUGGUCCAUCUGCACCUAUUGAAGAACCAAUUCCAACUUUAAGUUGGCCACCAGAAGCAUUUGAUAAUACAUCAGGAGAAGAAGAUAGUUUGCUUAGUAUUGGUACUGCUAGUAUAUCUAUGAUGAAUAAAUCAGGUAAAAGUGUUGGAGUAACAUCAAAUAAUACUUAUAUAAUAGAUUCUGUUGAAAGAAGAAAUAAUGCAUUACUUAUAUUAAAAUAUAUGUGCGAAAGUAGUGUUUUAGCACCACAUCUGAAGGAGCUACUCACAGCAAAAGAUAUCCAAGGCCAAACGCCAUUAAUGCUUGCUGUAUCAGUUCGAGCAUAUCACGCAGCACUCAUUUUAUUAGACAUUAUUCAAAAAGUUGGAAGAGAUCAGAAGGAAUGUUCAGCUAUGAUACUUCCUGCGGAUGCUAAUCCAGAUUUAUCACCAUUAUUUGUUACUUGCUGCAAUGAUACUUGUAGUUUUACAUGGACUGGAACUCAACACAUCAAUCAAGAUAUUUUUGAAUGUAAAACUUGUGGUUUGAUCGGAUCUCUGUGUUGUUGCACAGAAUGUGCUCGUGUCUGUCAUAGGGGACAUGAUUGUAGAAUAAAAAUAACUUCUCCUACGGCUUAUUGCGAUUGUUGGGAAAAAUGUAAAUGUCGUGCACUCAUCGCGGGUCACCAAGGUGCUCGUUAUGAACUUCUUUGUCGGCUCGUAGUGAAUACUGAUCUAGUUACAAAAAUAAAUUCACGAGGAGAAAGUAUUUUAUUAUUCUUGGUUCAGACCGUAGGAAGACAACUGAUAGAGCAACGACAGUAUCGUUCUGCAUUACGACAACGUUCUACAUCUGCGAGUCGUAAAGGACCUUCAUCUGAUGGAUUGGAUACUUAUGUACCAGAUAUGCCAGAUCAUGAUUUAGAACCUCCUCGCUUUAAUCGAAAAGCUUUAGAAAGAUUAUUGAAUGAUUGGCCAGCAGUACAAUGCAUGAUUAUGUCAGGAGUUUCUGUGAAUGGAAAUGAACAAUUAUUUGGAGAUCAAGGACAAUUAUGUCGUCAAAGUGGCACUGCUCUUCUUGAUAAAUUUACUCAUUCAUUGUUAUUUAAAUGUAGUGCAGAGAUGCUCGAUACUCUUCUUACGACUUUAAUACGAGAAUUACAAAAUGAUACAAUACCCGGACGACAAGAAGAAGCAAAUAAUGUUGCACGUCGAUUUGUUCGAUCUGUAGCUCGAAUAUUUGUGAUUUUUACAAUAGAAAUGGCUCCAAAUACAACAAAACGAAGAAGUACAAGUCAAGCAUUGCAACCUCUAAUGAAAUGUCGUAAAGUUUUCCAAGCAUUAAUUAAAUUAGCUGUCGAAGAACUAUGCGAGACUGCCGAUUCACUAAUAGCACCUGUAAGAUUAGGUGUUGCUCGUCCGACGGCACCAUUUACAUUAACUAGUUCAGCAAUGGAAGUGAUCAAUGGUUCUGAAGAAUUAUUUUCUAUAGAACCAUUGAUACCUCAUAGUGGUGUCAGCUCUCAAACUCUGGAUGCAACUUUACAAACACAACAGGGAAACAAUAAUAUAACCAUCGCCAGAGAUGUUUCUGCCAUGGAUGAGACAGAAGCUGGUGAAGAAGUUCCUAUGGAUGUGGAUGGCGAUAUUAGCGAACAUGAAGAAUCUGGAGUUUCUGGAACUGUUGCUGGUCAGCCACUAGGUGAGAUUGAUAGUAAUGGCGGAGGUGUAGGUGAAGAACAGGCGGGAGAUGGUGAAUCCGAUACAGAACUUGAUCUGUUGGCGGAAGCGGAAACAGAAUCAGACUCUGAUGAUAAUCACAGCAAUCAAGAUGCAGCAUCCGCUCAACGCAGUGUACAAACUGGUGCUACAGCAGGAUCUGAUGGUGGAAUGGGAUCCAUUUUAUUGUUUCCGGAGGAUGAAUCUGGAGAGUCAAGUCAGCAAGAGGAUGAUGAAAGUGAAGCAGGAGAAACUGAUGAACAAGAUAACGAAGAUUUUCAAAUUGGAGAUGAUCAGUUGGAACGACGAAGUGGUUCAUCUGGUCAUUUACAUCGUAAUAAUCUUGCUCCUGUUUCUAUGCAAUGGGCAAUACGUAAUCGCGAUUCAAGUAUGCGUACAGCUGGACUGCGGGUAACAGGUGGCAGUAAUCUGGUUUUUAUUGAUUCUGCAUCUUUAAGACGUACUACUGCAACAUCUGCAGUUGCAGCUGCACAAGAACCUAUAAUUAUGGGUACUAGUACGACUUGUUUGGCACGUGCAUUUGGAAUUGUUAUUCGACAGAUAGCAGAUCUUUUAGUUAUGAUGCAAGAUUAUAAAACGCUAGCACCUUCUUUGCCACGAUUAAUGGAAAUAACUUAUCAAGAUGCACUCAACUUACAGAUGUAUCUUGAAGGACAUUUAAAACCCACAUGGGAUUGGUUACUCACGGUAAUGGAUGCCACAGAAGCACAAUUGAGAUUUGGAGUAUCUUUAACACGUAGUGCAGAUCCUACACAUCCAGAACAUCCAUUGAACAAUGCUUCAUCAUUGUCAGGAGGAAAUUUUUCUGGACUGUUAAAUACAGCAGCUUUAUCGUUAACAUUACAAUCUAAUACAGGCGUUGGCGAACCUUCAAGAAACAGUAGAGAACGCGAAGGUGGGGAUGUAUAUUUGGCGAGGCGUGAAUUUUUGUCCUAUUGCCUAUCCUUAAUGCGUGCUCACAAUGCCGAACAUAGGGACAGUUUGCCGGUAUUAGAUGUUUCUGCUUUACGCCAUGUAGCAUAUGUUUUCGAUGCAUUAGUAUAUUAUAUGCGUUCACUAUCGGAACCAAUAUCAUCACGAGGAGAAAGCCAAAAAGAACCAUCAAAUUAUUCAAGUUGGAACGAUCAGGAUGAAAAUGAUAAUGAUGAAGGAGAAGAAUAUAGUUCUCCAGUUCCUACUGCUCUAGAGACAGAUUCUGUCGAUUAUCCUGAUUUACUUCAAGUUCCUAUUUGCGGACCAGGAAGUAAUAGUAGCAGUACACCAAAAGGAAGAAAGCAUCCUUUUUUGCAACGAUCAGAUUCUACUUUAUGUCUUGGCUGCCCUCCUCUUGAUCCUUUUGACACUGUCAUGAGUGAAGCUUUACCAUUAGCUGACCAACCACAUUUAUUGCAACCCCAUUCAAAGCGAGAAGAUCUUUUCGGCAUACCAAGACAACCAACAGCAAACGCAGGUCCUAAUCAGAAUCCUUUAGAAGGAUUACCAACAAGACUUAGUCUAUCUGCACGUGGUGCUGAUAAUCAGAACACUCCUACACCAACAUUUAGCCAAAUUAUUCAAAGAUCUGCUUUUGCGUCAUCAGAUGCAAGACGUAAUUCUGUAACAAUUGGAGAUUCAACAUCUGCUAAGCAUACGGAAAAGGCAAAAUCAUUUAAUCACACACUUGUCGCGGAGCAAAUUGAUCGAGCUCCAAUUAUAGUUUCUACCAAUAAUCAAAGCGAUCAAGCAGGAAAUACCAAAUCUAAUAAGGAUAUAUGUAAAAUAAAUAGAAGUGUUAUUGUUAGAGCUGGAACCGUUUCGGAACCAAAUUCAAAUAAAACUAGUGCAUCAGAAAUGAUGUCUACAUCAAAUGAAACAAUUGAAAAUACAACAGAAGAGAUGGACACUUCUGGUUCGAAUCAGGAAACAUCUAUAUCCCAUGAAACAGUUGAAACAAACCCAGUUUCAUCUAUUGGAACCAAUAUAUCUCAUAAUAUUUUAUUGGGUCGUUGGAGUUUAUCUCUUGAUCUAUUUGGACGAGUUUUCAUGGAGGAUGUUGGAUUAGAAGCUGGUUCAGUUGUAUCCGAAUUAGGAGGUUUUCAAGUAAAAGAAGCGAAAUUCCGAAGAGAUAUGGAAAAACUUCGGAAUGCACAACAAAGAGAUAUUAAUUUGUUAAAAGUCGAACGAGACAGAACACAGUUAUUAGUGCAAACAAUGAAAGAAUUAAAUACACAUUACAAUUUAUAUAAUAGGCGUGCUACUAAUGCGCCGCCAUUAGCAGUGCAUCGUGUUAAAGUGACUUUCAAGGAUGAACCUGGAGAAGGCACUGGAGUAACUAGAAGUUUUUAUACUGCAAUUGCAGAGGCAUUGCUUGCAAAUGAAAAACUGCCUAACCUGGAAGCUGCACAAGUGGGAUCAAAAUAUACACAAUAUAAUGUUCUUCGAAAGCUAAAAAGUAGAGAUCGUGACCAUGAUUUAAGACGACAAAAUCCUCGAUCUUCUGGAAAAUGUCGAGAGACACGUAGAACAUUAUCAUUUGAAGCUCGUGUUUUUCAUCCAUCCAGUUCUGUUGAAGGAACCAGUAAUUCUGGAGCUGGUAGUUCCUCCUCCAAUUCUCAUCCAUUACCUGUUAGUCAUCCAAAUAAUGAUCACUUGACUAUGCAUCAACUACAAUUUGGAGACAGACUAUAUUCAAAAGUUUAUGCAUUGCAACCCGCAUUAGCUGCUAAAAUAACUGGUAUGCUGUUAGAGCUGCCCCCUGCACAGCUGUUGAUGUUACUAGCUUCAGAAGAUGCUCUGCAGCAAAAAGUAGAGGAAGCAUUUGAAAUAAUACGUAGUCAUAGUCAGGAAUCGGCAAAAGAAGCGUUGUUGGAUCUCGAUGUAUUCAGUUUGAUUGCACGUUGCGGAGCUAAUAAGAAAAAAAUUGAGAAUAGUAUCUUGGAUGAUACUGAAGAUAAUGCUCCUCUUUUUUAUUCUCCGGGAAAAAGAGGUUUUUAUACUCCGCGACAAGGAAAGGCCAGUUAUGAACGAUUGAACGCAUUCAGAAAUGUAGGCAGACUUAUAGGAUUAUGUCUUUUACAAAACGAGUUAUGUCCAAUAUUUUUAAAUCGUCACGUGAUCAAAUAUAUUUUAGGAAGACCAAUUCGUUUUCAUGAUCUUGCAUUUUUUGAUUCUGUAAUUUAUGAAAGCCUAAGACAACUUGUUAUUGAUUCCGAAACUAAGGAUAGUAACAGUUUAUUUUCUGCUCUUGAUCUUACAUUCAGUAUUGAUUUAUGUCCCGAAGAAGGAGGCGGAUCGAUUGAACUUAUUUCUAAUGGGCGUGAUAUAGAAGUAACUGCAAAUAAUGUCUAUGAUUAUGUUCGAAAAUAUGCGGAAGUACGUAUGAUUAAGGUACAAGACAAAGCUUUGCAUGCCAUGAGAGAGGGAGUGUUCGAUGUACUACCCGAAGGAGCACUCGAUGGUUUAACAUCUGAAGAUUUGAGACUCCUCUUAAAUGGAGUCGGUGACAUUAAUGUUUCUGUUUUGAUAUCAUAUACUUCCUUCAAUGAUGAAUCAGGAGAACCUGCCGAUAGAUUAGCUAAAUUUAAACGAUGGUUAUGGUCUAUUGUUGAAAAAAUGUCUCAUUCAGAACGACAAGACUUGGUAUAUUUCUGGACAGGAUCUCCAGCACUACCGGCAAGUGAAGAUGGUUUUCAACCAAUGCCGAGUGUGACAUUACGACCAGCAGAUGAUCAUUUACCAACUGCAAAUACAUGUAUUUCCCGACUAUAUCUUCCAUUGUACAGUUCUCGUCACAUAUUAAGACAUAAACUACUACUUGCUAUUCAAACAAAAAAUUUCGGAUUUGUAUGAAUAUAUAGAUUCUAUAUAUAUAAAUAUAUAUAUAUAUAUAAUUAUAUGUAUACAUAAGAUAUAUAUAAUAUAAUGGAUAUUAUAUAUACAUUAUGUAUAUUAUAUAUACUAUGUGACCAUGUUUGUGCGUAAUAGCUCUAAAAAGAAGUCACAUUAUCGAUAAUGAUAUAAGAAACGAAAAAGAAGUUGUAUGUUGUUAUUUUUUUCCUUCCUAAAAAAAUUUAUAACAUUUAUAAAUUUGUAAGGUGUAAUUAUGAAUUCUGAUUUCUUUUAUUGAACAAAAAGACGUGGUUUCCAUCAUAAUAAGAUUUUAUAUUAAAGUGUCAUCUUUAGUCAUUAUAGUAAUCGAAUAAAAACAUUCUUAAAAAUUA